GUAGUGCUGCUUCAAGUCUUCCAUGUUCUUGGUUGGAACCAUUGAAGCAAUGUUUUCCCACAUCUCUUCUGAGGCCUUAUUCCCUUCAAUUCUCCAGCCCAAUGCGUGGCUAUGGCGUUUUCAAACGCUUUAUCUUCUUCUUUAGUCCAGUUCCCUACAGAAGGAAGAGAAAAAGAAAAGAAAAGGAGAAGAAAUAAGAGUUUGCCACACGACCGUCGUCGUCGUGGUUGGAGGCGUGCAGGAAUGGAAUCGCAGAUCAAGCAUGCUGUGGUGGUCAAAGUGAUGGGUAGAACUGGAUCAAGAGGGCAGGUGACUCAAGUGAGAGUCAAGUUUCUCGAUGAUCAAAAUCGUUACAUUAUGAGGAAUGUCAAGGGACCAGUGAGGGAAGGAGACAUUCUAACCCUGCUGGAGUCUGAGAGGGAAGCUAGAAGGUUGCGUUGAUGGGGGGGGACUCUGUCAAGGUCGUCCCAGUUCUCCGAUUUGCAGUUGUUGAAUGUAGAAUGGCUGUUUUCAUUUUCCCCUAAUUGUGUUAUUUUAGUGACUAGCGUGUCCAAGACAUUUGGUUCUAAGGCAGAAUACGUGAACUGGAUGAGUUAUUUAAUUGAGUUUUGAAAGCAUCAAUUUUGCUUAUUAUGGAAUUUCUGUCAAAUUUUGUGGUUGUUUA